AUGCUCAUGAUGCUGGGCAGGUCUUCUCGCUUAAACUCUGCCUUCUCAGAGCCUGCUCAGCUGAUGCCCAUGACGCUGGGCAGGUCUUCUCGCUUAAAUUCUGCCUUCUCAAAGCCUGCCCAGCUGAUGCUCAUGAUGCUGGGCAGGCCUUCUCGAUUGAAUUCUGCCUUCUCAGAGUCUGCCCAACUGAUGCUCAUGAUGCUGGGCAGGCCUUCCCGAUUGAAUUUUGCCUUCUCAGAGUCUGCCCAGCUGAUGCUCAUGAUGCUGGGCAGGUGUUCUCGCUUAAAUUCUGCCUUCUCAAAGCCUGCCCAGCUGAUGCUCAUGAUGCUGGGCAGGCCUUCUCGAUUGAAUUCUGCCUUCUCAAAGCCUGCCCAGCUGAUGCUCAUGAUGCUGGGCAGGCCUUCUCGAUUGAAUUCUGCCUUCUCAGCCUUCUCAAAGCCUGCCCAGCUGAUGUCUUCUCGAUUGAAUUCUGCCUUCUCAGAGUCUACGCGGCUGAUGCUCGUGAUGCUGGGCAGGUUGGCACGGCGGCUUGAAAUUUCGAAGGUUCGCCGUCACGAUGGGCAUCUGGUUUCAGGUGCCAUAUGGCUGCUGGUGGACCACGCAGGUUCAACGUCGGUGAGCAAGAAUUUGCUCGAGCU